AUGCACACCGGCGAGACUGCUGACUUCUUUCCUUGGCCUGAAUCCAAUGCAUCUGACGGCAUUAUGGAUUUUAAAAUGCCUGAAGUCAAAGAGGAAAGUCAUACGGAAUUCUCGUCGCUGCUGUCACCUCCCUCUUCUCCAUUUAUCGCGGCCUCUGCCCUCACUUCCCAGUCUGUUCGUCAAAGGGUGGCUAAGUCAGAAAGCCCUCGAAUUAGGCCUUAUCCUGAACUGUCUCGUGAGGAUACAAUCGGAAUGUCUGGCACUUCUGGUUCGGGUUUUGAUAACUGGAGCAAUCGAUCCGGAUCGAACGAACGUCGAUCGUCGGAUGGUGGUCCUCACUACCAGUCUGCAAUGUAUAAUUCUUCGCAACUAAGUAGGUCAUCUUCUGCUUCUUCGUCAAGCUUCAACGGGGCUGUUGGACUCGGAAUUGGUCCCUCUGGGACCGAUACACGAUUUGUGACUAUGUCUCCUCAACAAUCAGACGUCCAAUUGGCCUCUAUGUCCUGGCAUCAAAGCCAGAUGUCAAUCAACGAGACGUCUGAUCUAUCACUGUAUCCCGGAGUUGCAGGAGAUAUACCAUACCAUUACUCGUCUGACGCAGAUCAUGGAGGUUUUCCUUCUGGUACACCAUCAUCAUCUACGGCGAUCUAUUCUUAUGACGACACGACCACGCCUAUAGGCGAUGCAACGACAUAUAACGAUUCAACCUCGCAUUCUCUUGCUUCUGUAGAAUGUUUGCAUCGAAAAAUAGCAGAGCUUGAGGAACGACACCACCAUGAUCAGGAGCAUAUCAGGGUGCUUCAAGCUCAACUGGCAAGUACUUCCUCACGAAACACAGACUAUCCCUACUCUCCGCCUGCCUCUGCUUUUUUCAAAGCUUCCUGGGCGGCCCGCACCACUGCGCGAACAAAGUACCUCUGCUCCUUGAACCGCGCUGGUAACGCACUGUGUGCUUGGCAUGAUUCGCGCAGAGAGCGAAGGGCUUACCCACCACGCAAUGCUCCGAAGGAUACAUUAAAUUGUGGUUGUACCUACGAAGAAGCUCUUUUCGAAGAGAGUCUCUCGCGACACAAGGUCGGGAGCUACCUUCCAGGAGAAUCUGUGCGAAUGGAUCCUGCUCUACGCAAUCCUUUGCUUCAGCUUCUGAAACAUCGAUACGGUUACCAAGAUGGUGACUUUGAGCGAGAUCCAUUUACAGGAGAUUGGGUGUCCGAGGACGGACACGAGGAGGGACAUGAACACUGGGAGCGGCUACUGGCAUCUGGUGUUAAUCCCCGACGUGCCAGAGGAGAACAGCAUCGUAAUACCCCAAUCUGA